AUGACCUCUGGAAGUGAUUCAGUUGAGACCAGUACUGUUAAUGAGAGUGCCAUCGCUGUCCUGGAAAACGUUUUGCAGGAAAGGUGGCGUCUCAACAAUGAACACACCUCGGGUCUCUUAAAUUAUUGCAUUGAUGAAUCAACUUUCAGAAAUUGUGUUCUGCCUGUUAUUCAUCGGAAGUUACUGCGUUCUCCAGAAACUGCAGUUCUAGUUGUCGAUGUCAUCUUGAAGCAGCUUGUACUCAACUUUGAUGAAUGUGGUGUAGAAUUCACUCAGCCACUAGCGAAUAACCUUCUUUCAACCAGUCCUAUUGUCCGUGCAUCCAGUGUGUCGUCUAUCGUUUCACUUGUUAAGCAUUGUACCGAUCCAAACGUGGUAUCUGCAAUCUACAACCUGGUGCUGUCGAAGCUUACUGGACCAGAAGGUCGUCGAGUUCCUAUGGAUGUAAAGCUCGCAAUUCUCGACACGCUUGGCAAUUUAUCACUUCACAAUGCGGACAAUUCAACAGUUUUCCCUGAUGUAUUAAAGAGCCUGAUUGAUAUAUUCACGUCUGAGGGCAAGUCUAUAAAACUACUAUCAUUUAACGUGACCCUGAGUCUACUCGUUGAUUUGAACGAGGAUAUUAUUGAAUCAGUUCUGAUUCAACUGGGUAUGUGGAUAAAAAGACCGAAGUGCGUACUUCCCGAGAAGGCUCAAGCGACGAUUCGGGACAAGUUGUUUGCAGCCAAAACUUCCCAUAGGGUGAAAAUGGCUAUCUUCCGAUGCAUAGAAGAGGUGCUCCGAUCAGGUGGUAAACUUUCCAAAACAUAUAUUCCCUUGCUGGCAACGAUGGCUCAAGGUGCCAAGACCGAAGUACCCACGUCUCCACUUGUUAGCCAAGCAGUGGCUGCUGCCUCCCUCUGGCUAAUGAAUGUCAGUCAGCCAGGAAAGGCUCCUGAAUGUAUGUGGGCCGUUCUAAGUGGUUUGAAGGCCGAUGGGAAGCCAGCCAAUGAGAAGGAGUCCCUGCCCAUGUGGCUCAGUGAUCGGUUCCUGCUAACUGCAUCGUCGGAUGUUCAUUCCUACCUCGUUAAUUGCAUCCAUCUGCUUCUGACUAACCACCCAAAUGAAUUGUCCAGACAUCAGAGAAGUGUCUUCUAUCGCAGUCUUAUUUUGGUUUGGCUCUACACAGAGUCAGUCAACGUUGUGUCGGAUAUUCGUUGCUGUCUGCUGCUCCACCUAGCGCGGGAGGGCAAGCAGACUCGCACCCUUGGUCAGGCACUUAUUGAAGACCACCUGAACGCCCUGGUGCAAGAGUCACUGAUAAAAACAGCCAGUGGAACACCCGACCUUCUAGUCAGUGCAAGCGCAAAUGUGGCCCGCUUCGGACAGCGUCUAGUUCGGCUCGUGGAGACCAUCUGUCGUGGAGCAUCAGCCAGUUCUUCGCAGGUUAGCAAUCCUUCAAUUGGGGGUUCAAGACUCGCCGCCUCGUCUAUCAAUUUGCCGAAAUUGGAAGCCCUAUCAUCCCGGCAGAGGACCUCUCUUUUCAGUGCUGCGCUUUAUGCUCUUAGUCACCCAGCCUCAGUUGCUCACAUUAAUUCUGCGUGGCUCAACCUCAUUCGGAUACUCAACCUCCCCCAGCACGCAGACGUCGAACCGACCUUCACUGAGGACGAGAGUGCCCCCGUUUUCGAGAAGGUCGUUGACACUCUCGUCAAGCUGCCAAAACUCGAUGUCGCACAUAGGUUGAUGCUUCAGCGCCUGCUGCAAUGGGCUCCCGUAAAGGCUGGCUCAUGCCUUGCCAGGAAACUUCAUUCAGACCUACUCAAACCCGAGUACCUGGAUGUCACUCUGGAUGAAGUGGGGAUAAUGUUGACGCCACCCGGGCUUCUUCACAAUCAGGCGCUACUCGCCAGCCUGCCCCGUUACCAGAUGAACAAAACAAACGUCAAAAGGGAGAGCAAACUGUACUCCCACGAGAUAGAAAUGGAGAUUCUCGAGGCACAGGCCGCUAAAAAAAGACAAAAACAGACCACCGCGGAUGGUGAGCAAAGCUUUUUGGAGUCCAUCGCCCCCCAAUUAACAGUAAAGCAACUCGAAUUGGUCAAAGCGGAGAUGGAAAAAGAGGAGGUGAUUCGCCUUCGUAUUGCCAAGCUAUACGCUGUGGGUAGCCACAAAAUGGAUCUUCUCACAAUACUUCAUGACACCCUCCUAAGGUGUUCGAAUGUCGAGGGAAUUCAACUCGCAUUUUUGCAGCGUAAUUCAUUCGCCCUGUGCGACCUCACGACGCGCCUUCUGGCGUGCCCCCUGCUCUCACCAUUGGCGAUCGGUGCCCACUCCCGUCUAGCACGCCUCAUCGCCGAGGUUGCGAUGCGAGCAUCGGUUGUUGAUAGGACAGAACUCUGUCGAAAAGCCUUUCUUUUUGCUGCUUGGUCAAUCAGGAUUUUGGGGCCAGCCAGGGUGUGUUUGGAAGAAAAACCACCGGUAGCUUCUUUCUGUCAAACCUCCUCUGUCGAUGAACAGUCCGUUCGGGCAGAAAAUGCUGCCUGGAAUGCCUUUAGCCGAAUUGGGGACAUCAAGGAUCAAACCGAAUUGGUUCUUGAAAGUCUUCUUAGUGACUUGCCAAGUGCGACUGUGUCAUCGGCGCUUCUUAUUUCUGCCGCCGUCCCAAUGUUCAUUCGAAUUCUUCACAACAAUACCCUGUUUACAAGUGUUGAAAAUGAAGAAAAGAAGUGGGCCGAUGUCUACAUUUUUAGCAAAUUUAUUGCAGCUCUCAAAAAACAAGUAGCUUUCCACGAUAGUGUUGGUAAAUCUUCGGAAUCUUAUGAAAGUGUCUGCGCCAGUUUGCAAUUUCAGAGAAUCUAUGAGUUCUCCUUGGAUCUCAUUGACGAAAUUGGACAAGCUCUUGAAUCCAGUCUUGUGGGAGAAGAUAGCGGAUUGUCAGCUUCUAUUUGUGAGCUGCUUCAAUCAACUACACAACUACACACUGAAUACUUCCUUCAUAUUUUGGAAUCUGGACAUACACAGAAAGACUCCUUGUUGGUCGCCUGCACACCGACAAUUUACACUCUCUUGGAACGCCUCGUAUCCUUCACUCCUCUGACAAGGGCCACAGCCAUGACGGUGAGUCUCCUUCGUACGGAGUAA